CCAGUUUGAAAGCAACUCAACAGAUCAAGGGCUAAUAAGACGCAAUAAAGCGUGGAAGUUUCCACACUAGUGAGGAGGUCAAUUAUCGGCUCUGAGUGAGAAGCUUGUGUCGUUGGAAGCCUCAGUAAAACAUCAUGGCUGAUCAUGAAGAUCCCAAAACUGGAAAGAAGAACAAAGGAACGAGUAAAGAAGUGUGUGGAUACCCGCUCAGCAUCUUCUUCAUUGUUGUUAAUGAGUUCUGUGAGAGGUUCUCCUACUAUGGAAUGAGAGCGGUCCUGGUUUUGUACUUUAAGUACUUUUUAAGAUGGGACGACGACUUGGCCACCUCCAUAUACCACACCUUUGUGGCUCUCUGCUACCUGACCCCCAUUCUCGGGGCCAUCGUGGCCGACUCCUGGCUGGGAAAGUUUAAGACCAUUAUCUACCUGUCCAUUGUUUAUGCGAUUGGCCAGGUGGCGAUGGCGGUCAGUGCAAUUCAUGACAUCACUGAUACAGACCGAGAUGGGACCCCAAAUAACAUGACCUUUCAUGUAGUGUUAUCCAUGGUGGGUCUGUUCCUCAUCGCUCUGGGUACCGGUGGCAUCAAACCUUGUGUGGCUGCUUUUGGUGGAGACCAGUUUGGCGAUCAUCAGGAAAGACAAAGAAGAACGUUUUUCUCUGUUUUCUAUCUGUGCAUCAAUGGUGGGAGUCUUCUGUCAACCAUCAUCACUCCGAUCCUCAGAGCUCAGAACUGUGGUAUCUACAGUAAACAGAAGUGUUAUUCCCUGGCCUUCGGUGUCCCUGCAGCGCUGAUGGUUGUAGCACUCGUGGUGUUUAUUGUGGGGAGUGGUAUGUACUACAAAGCUAAACCUGAAGGGAACAUCAUGGGGGAUGUGUGUAAAUGUAUCGGGUUUGCAAUAAGCAAUCGCUACAAACACAGAAGCAAGCAGUACCCAAGUAGAGAGCACUGGAUGGACUGGGCGGAGGACAAAUACGAUAAACUCCUCAUUGCUCAAAUAAAAAUGGUGCUGAAGGUUCUCUUUUUAUACAUCCCGCUGCCAAUGUUCUGGACCCUGUUUGAUCAAAAGGGUUCUAGGUGGACUCUGCAGGCCACCACAAUGGAUGGAAACUUUGGGGCGAUUGUUAUACAGCCGGAUCAGAUGCAGACAGUAAACCCCAUCUUGAUCCUGACUCUGGUUCCCAUAAUGGACAGCGUGAUUUACCCUCUGAUUAAAAAGUGUGGUCUGAACUUCACACCUUUGAAAAGAAUGACAGUGGGGAUGUUUCUGGCAGCGCUUGCUUUUGUCUGUGCAGCUGUGGUUCAGAUUGAAAUCGACAAAACUUUGCCAGUUUUCCCAUCCAACUUCCAAAGUCAGUUGAAGUUACUAAACAUGGGCAAUCAUCCAGUUACAGCUGGGUUACCAGGCUAUGGUCAGGUGACUCUUCAGGCAGCUCAGGCCAGUGAAGAAUACUUCACUUUUGAAGAAGAUCAGAUCUCUAUCUCAGUAAGUGGCCCUGAAAUGAAAAGAAAUAUUUCAUUGAUAAAAGGACAGAGGCAAACACUUCUCAUCCCCUUAACCAUCAGUGAUGAAUGGCAGCUGACUGCAGAUUUGACUACUAAGCCAGAAGAAGGAAACAAUGCAAUCCGAUUUGUUAAUGGAAUGAAUAAGCCAGUAAAUGUCUCCACUAGUGAAGUAGUCUUUGGACAAAUUGAGAAAUUUCAUUAUUCCAACUAUUCCCAGAUCAGAAAUGGAAGGGCAACAUUUUUCUUGCAGAGUGGGCAGCUGUCGUGUGCAUUCAGCAGGGAUUUUGGAUUCGGAAGUUCAUACACUUUCUUCAUUCCUAGCACUUUAAGUUUAGGAUCAAAUUGUCAGGAGUCCAUAACUGGUGCGGAGGACAUCAAGCCAAACUCUGUUCACAUGGCUCUCCAAGUCCCACAGUACUUCUUCAUCACGGCUGGUGAAGUGAUGUUUUCUGUUACUGGUCUGGAGUUUUCUUACUCACAGGCACCCAGUAACAUGAAAGCAGUGCUGCAGGCAGGCUGGCUGUUGACCGUUGCUAUUGGCAACUUUAUUGUCCUGAUUGUAGCAGAGGUUGCGAAGCUUCCCAAACAGUGGACGGAGUAUGUCCUGUUUGCCUCCCUCUUGCUGUGUGUGUGCAUCAUCUUCUCCAUCAUGGCUUAUUUCUACACCUACAUCGACCCCACAGAGAUCGAGGCCAAGUUCAGGAGGAAUGUCGGUGAUGAUGAUGAUGAUAAAAACGAUAAGCAACGGAAGUUAGAAAUGGAGAUGAUGAAGAGAGACUUGGAUAGAAGUGAUGAUGAACAUUAUAAAGGCAAACAGACCAAGAUGUGAACAUCAAUGAGAGAAUUUCAAAAGUAUGACAUCAACGCAAUGGAGGGAAUGUCAGUGUACAUGCAUGUGUGUGCAUGUGAAACGUUUUAUUGUAAAACGUUUGAAGGCAAGAAAUGACAUUCCAUAACACUGAACUGAGUAUAAAAAAAAUAAUUAUUCAAAUCAUGUUGGAAUGCUUUUGCACAUAUAAUUUCACUUUUUUAUUUAUGCAUAAGUUAUGUUAAUGAGCAAAAAACACACGUUAGGUUAAAAGCUGUAAGUGGCUUUGAAUAAAAGCAUCUCCUAAAAGAAUAAACAUAAAUAUGCAAUAUAAAACAUAUUUGUGUUUCUUAUUAAACGUUGUUAAGUUAUUUUGUACUGAAUCUCAGUGAAAUAUACAUUUACCUGCAGGUUCCUUAGAUACAUAUUUGAUAUGUUUAGUUUGAAUUCUAAUUAGUGUAGAAUCUAGACAAUGAGCAGGUUCCUUAAAGGCAAACUUGGCAGUUUUGUUUGCUUUUAGCACCCCCUAGUGUCCAUUUAGUAGAACCAAAAGUGAAACUUAUCUCCUCGCUGUGCGUUCGUCUUAUUACCACCUUAAUCUAAGAGCUGAAAUGUCUCCCCAGCCUUCAUUAGUUUCUACAGGAGCAAUUCAUAACUAAAUCAAACAAAUCAGCUGUGUUUGUGAUCUAAAACAUGCAGAAAACAAGCUAGAAGCAGACUGCAACGCUAGGCCUGGUGUCACCCAUCGACACAUAUCAAAGAAGAAAUUCUUGCCUUCGAUAUCCUUGUCUUCUGGGACUGCAAUCUAAGUUUUGUCUGAACUGCACGUACCUUUUCAUUUGCUGACAGAACUCUCCUUUUAAGCGUUUUGGGAGACUCUGUGAUUUGAUAGCAAUGGUCACUCAGGAUGCUAUUUGGCUGUAAUGGCACAGUGUUAAACUGACCAGAGUCUGAGUCAUUCUGGUGUUGAACCAAGCCCCCACAAUGCCGCUCAGAAAAUGGUCCCAUCCCGGAAGUAAGAAAAAUUGCAGUUCCACCCUCAUCCGCUGGGGGCUGGUGCCAGAAGCGAGCAAAUCCUCAUUGACUCCCAUGUUAAAAAUGCAGAUUUCACAGCAGAAAUAAACAUGUUUACAGCCUGGUGCCAAAACAUGUUUUUUGUCUAAAUUAUCUAGUUUAUACUCAUGACAACUCUGAGGGGGGUGAAUUUUUUUCUCACUCUUCUGUUUAAGUGUAUUGAAAGCCUAAAAUUCUGUAUAAUUAAUGAGCAUCCGACACACGUGACCACCGCCUCAGACCCACGUGACCACAGAGCUAGCUCCGUGGAAAGGCCUCAGUACAGCCUCGGUCUGGCUUGGAAACUGCUCCGGCAUUUUGAGUCUCUGUGUUUGUGUAUUCUUCUUUGGAUAUUAUUGGUGCAAUUGUUGGACAAAAUGACUUGCAGUGGUAUUAAUUGCACUAAUAGAGCGUCCAAGGAGUCUCCACUUCAUUUUUUUCGGGAAGGACCUGAUUGGUGUCCAGAACCUGCUGAAGAAGCACCAGGCUCUGCAGGCUGAGAUCACAGGUCAUGAACCUCGCAUCAAGGCUGUCACCCAGAAAGGAGAGACCAUGGUGGAAGAAGGUCACUUCGCUGGUGAGGAGGUGAAGACUAAACUGUGGGAGCUUCAUGGACGUUGGGACACGCUGAAGGCCAAGGCGUCCCAGAGGAGGCAGGACCUGGAGGACUCUCUGCAGGCCCAGCAGUACUUUGCGGAUGCUAAUGAGGCCGAGUCCUGGAUGAGGGAGAAGGAGCCCAUCGUUGGAAGUCCAGACUAAGGGAAAGACGAGGACUUGGCCGAGGCUCUCCUGAAGAAGCACGAGGCCCUGAUGUCGGACCUGUCGGCUUACGGCAGCAGCAUCCAGGCCCUGAAGGAGCAGGCCCAGUCCUGCAGGCAACAAGGUGAUCAGCAGGUGCUUUUGUCCUGCAGGACCUGAAGGCCAACGAGUCCCGCCUGAGGGACAUCAACAAGGUGGCAUCUGAACUGGAGUCAGAAGGUCUGAUGGCUGAGGAGGCUCCUAUGGUUCAGGCUCAGGUGAGCGUCACCUGUCUGCAGCAGCUGGUCCCUCUCACUUCCUGGUUUAACUCUGCUCGUCUCUGUUUGUAGCAACAAGAACAUCUGGGUUCUGCUCCUGGAAAGGUGCGUGUUGUCCUCCGCCUCCACCAGAACCAGACGUGGUGUUUAUGUUACCACUCAUUUGUUUGUUUACAGGAUGAAGCCGACUCUAACACGGCGUCACCCUGGAAGGUGAGUUCAUUCAGCUGAUCAGAGGUCACCUCUGAUGGCAGCAGUCACGGCCGACCGUGCUGACAUCACACAGGAAUUCAGGUGACCCGGCAGGCACCAGGUUUUGGUGAAAGUGGGGACAUGUCAGCUGGUUGCCAUGGCUAGUUAUCUUUAUGCAUCUGUAUGACUGCUGACUGGUGUGUGUUUCCUGUGACCUUUGACCUCAGACCGUACGGUUGGGCGUUCAGACAACGGCUAACUUUAAUUCCAUCAAGGUAAGAGGAAGCUCUUCCCUUCCUGUCUGAGCGAUCCGUCUCCAGGUUUCUUCGUCCGGCGUCCAGCCCGCUGGCGUCCACCUUCAUCUCAUCUCACUUCAUUUAUAGUGCAAUACUUUCACAUUAUCAUUUUCCCACACUUCUGUAUACCUGUAUUUUGUUGUUUUUCAAUAAAGAAUGACAAAUUA